AUGCCUCUCAAGCUCCUCCCCGCUGGUCCUCGCGACGCAGACCAGUCCAUUCACAUUGAGACCCUCGCCUACGGACCUAACCCCAUCGGUCCCAUCAUCUACCCAGGUCCCUUCCCCCCCUCUGCCCCCGAUGCGCCCAACCCACGCGUGGAGAAGCUGGUCUCCCAGCUUGAGGCCGACCCGGCGUGCAAGUGGGUCAAGGUCAUUGACACGGAGCUCCCCGAGGAGAGAAACAUGGUAGCCUUUAGCAUGUGGUUCUUCUGGACCGAGCCUCAGCACAAGGCGCAAAACGACACGCCAGUGGACUAUGGCACCGGGAGCAACUGGGAGGCGUGCGACUAUUUCUUUGGGGAGAUGCGCAGGCGACAGGGGGAGAGAUUCGAGGGAAGGCCAUAUGCGUAUCUCAAGCUGUUGCAUACCGAUCCGGCACAUCAAGGCCGUGGUGCGGCGUCGAUGCUCCUGCGGUGGGGCGCCGAAGAAGCAGACAGGCUCGGCUUGGACUCGUACCUCGAGUCGUCUCCUGACGCUGCCAGGUGGUACGCGAAGCGUGGGUUUGUCGAGGUCGAUCUCUUCAACGCCGACUUCUCCAAGUGGAAUGGGCCAAAGGAACACCCCUCUGCCCUCAUGGUCCGACCCGUAACCAAGUCAUCAUGA